UAUUCCUGAGUGGAAACAAAAUUUCAAACGGGCCUUAAAGAAACUAUAAAGUUAAAAAGUUGCAAAAAAUUUUCUGUGUCUAGGAAAUGAUAAGCCCCAUCGGAACUAGAGGCGUUCGAAUUAGCACUUAUCUCCGGCGUCCAUACGCGGCGGAGACACUUCUCCUUACAGGCCACUUCUUCCGCCGCUGCUGCCGCAGACACAGCCGCUUCUUCACCUCCUCCUCCUCCUCCUCCACCAAGGAGAAAGUUAUUGUCAUUUCUGGACCUACCGGUGCCGGCAAAAGCAAGCUAGCAUUACAACUCGCUAAGCGACUCAAUGGUGAAAUCAUCACCGCUGACUCUGUACAGGUGUAUCGAGGGCUUGAUGUCGGUUCAGCAAAGCCUUCCCUAAGUGAAAGAGAGGAAGUAGUACAUCAUAUGGUUGACCUAGUGGAUCCAUUUGAAGAUUAUUCUGUUGGAGAUUUUUUUGAGGAUGCUAGGCGAACUACCAGAGAUAUCCUUGAUAGGGGCCGUGUUCCAAUAGUCGCGGGUGGUACUGGAUUAUAUUUGCGGUGGUUUAUUUAUGGGAAGCCAGAUGUUCCAAAAGCCUCUCGAGACAUUGCUGCAGAAGUCCACUCAGAGCUUGCAAGUUUACAGAAUGAUGAAGACUGGGAUGCUGCUGUUCAGUUGUUGGUUAAAGCUGGUGAUCCUGGUGCCCAGUGUUUAUCGGCAAAUGAUUGGUAUCGCUUGCAUCGUAGGCUUGAAAUUGUCAAGUCUACUGGGUCACCUCCAUCAGCUUUUGAAGUACCAUAUAAUUCUUUCAGAGAACAGCUCGAUUCAGGUGUGACAGAUGCUGCUGAUGUUCAGAGUUCUGCUGACAAACUGCAGCAGAGUGAAAUAAAGGAUUUGGAGUAUGAUUUUCUUUGUUAUUUCCUUUCCACCAAUAGGCUGGAUCUCUAUAGAGCAAUUGAUUUUCGGUGUGAAGAUAUGCUCCUAGGAACAGAUGAACUUCUAUCUGAGGCAAGGUGGCUUCUUGAUUUGGGUCUUUUGCCGAAUUCAAAUCCUGCUACUCGAUCAAUUGGUUACCGACAAGCAAUGGAAUACCUUCUAAGAUGUAGAGAAAAUGGAGGAUGGAGUUCUGCUGGGGAUUUCUAUGGAUUUUUAUCUGAAUUCCAAACAGCAUCACGACAUUUUGCAAGAAGGCAGAUGUCAUGGUUUCGCAACGAACAAAUUUAUGAGUGGAUAAAUGCUUCUAAACCAUUGGACUGCAAAACGGGACAAACAAUUGGCAUAGGACAUGAAUGAAAAGGCCUUUACCAUCUUACCUCCUUAAAUUCCUUCACAGCAUGCUCCGCUAUAGACCCUCCGGACCUUAUUCAUAAACGUUUGGGACAUCCGAGUCUAUCCAAGUUAAAAAAGACGGUGCCUAGUUUGUCUAUUCUAUACACAUUAGAUUACGAGUCAUGUCAACUUGGGAAACAUACUCGUGUUUUUGGGAGCAUAUGUUUUGUUCAUAACUUAGCCCUAGGGAAAGAUAAAUUAGCCCCUCGUGCGCUCAAAUAUGUUUUCCUUGGUUACUCUUGAGUUAAAAAAGGGUAUCGAUGCUAUUCACCUGAUCUGAGUCUCUACAUUAUGUCCGCUGAUGUCACAUUCUUUUAAUCUUAACCUUACUAUACAUCUUCUGAUCAUCUUAGUAUCUCUGAGGUUUUACCUAUACCUCCAGUCUUACCUACACCAAUCUUUGAGGAACCUACGAUUACUUCUCCAUCUCCAGCUACAGUGCCACCACUUUUGACUUAUCACCGCCGCCCAUGUCCAGCAUCAGUCCCAGAUGAUUCAUGUCAUGCGCUUCCCCUACCGCGGACUUGCCUCUUCUUAGCCAAUCAGUUGCACUUCAAAAAGGUAUAAGAUCUACUCGUAAUGCUAACCUACAUUAUACUUUCUUGAGUUAUCAUCGUUUGUCAUCACCCCAUUAUGCUUUUAUAUCAUCUUUGUCCUCUAUUUCCAUCCCUAAGACUACAGGUGAAACACUUUCCCAUUCAGGAUGGAAACAAACUAUGAUUGAUGAGAUGUCUGCUUUACAUAUGAGUGGUACUUGGGAGCUUGUUUCCCGUCCUGCAGGUAAAUACUAUUGGUUGUCGUUGGGUUUAUACAGUCAAAGUUGGUUCAGAUGGUAAGGUUGAUCGGCUGAAGGCUUGCUUUGUUGCCAAAGGAUAUACACAGAUAUUUGAGCUUGAUUAUAGUGACACUUUCUCUCUUGUUGCUAAAAUAACUUCAAUACGUCUUUUUCUCUCUAUGGCUGCCUUUCGUCAUUGGCCUCUUUAUCAGUUGGACAUUAAGAAUGCUUUUUUGCAUGGUGAUCUUGAGGAAAAAGUCUAUAUGGAGCAACCAUCUGGUUUUGUUGCUCAGGGGGAGUCUAGUAGCAUUGUAUGUCGAUUGCACAAGUCACUCUAUGGCUUGAAACAGUCCCCUCGAGCCUAAUUCAGAAAGUUUAGCACAGUUAUUCAGGAGUUUUGCGUGAUUCGUAGUAGAGCUGAUCAUUCAGUGUGUUAUCGUCAUUCUGAACAAAAUCUGUGUAUUUAUUUGGUGGUUUAUGUUGACGAUA